AUGGAUAAUUUUUUGAAAAAAAAUAAAGGAAAGAGCGUCACGCAAGCCCAAAAAGAUUUUUUAAUAAGUUUUUUGGAACAAAAUGUGGAAAUUGCACACGACAAAUUUGUUUCGGUAGAUGGAGCUCGUCAAAGGGACAAUACCUGGAAAUCAUUGGCAAAUGAUCUCAAUGCUUUGGGGGGAGCUAACAAAACCUAUGAACAGUGGAGGAAGACUUGGGGCGACUUAAAAAGAAACAGCAAGAAAAAAUAUGCAGAUAUUAAAGAAGCCCAAAACCGCAGUGGGAUCAACGGAAUCACCAAAAUCAAAGAGCUCAGUGACUUAGAGCAACGGGUAAUUGCUAUAAUGACAGACAAAAAUGUUGAAGGGGAUGAACCUGUUUUAGAAAUAGGCAUUGAAACGGAGGACUUCGUAAGGUCUACAUUGCAAAAUUUACUUGAUGAAGAACAAAAUGAAAAUGUAGGACCAUCGACUUCUACCGGCAACCAUCAAGAAGAGCAGGCAAUUGCAGGUGUUUCGGAAACAGUAACUUCAAGGCCAUCAGUAACUGCGGUAACAAACAGGCAAAAGCGGAAGCGAGAAUCGUUACCUUUAUCAAAUGAUAAACUCCUAAAAAUUGAAGAAAAAAAUUUAGAUAUAAAAGAAAAACGGUUGAAACUAGAGGAAAGGAAGAUUAUAGCCUUAGAAAACCUCCAAAACACUUUGGCUAAUUUGUUAAAUGCAAUAAAAGAUAAAUUUUUUGUUUGAAUUUGAAAUUUUUAUUUUUAUU